UUGUUACACUGUAGUUGCCAUUCCCUUGACAAGAAGAAACUAAUAUGGCGACCCAGUCGAAUGUGUAAAGGGCUGGGGAACGGGUUUCUUCGGCGUAGAAGAGGUGCGAAAAGACUGCUCAAACAUCUAGGUGCAGUGCACACAUGCUAAGAAAUUAGAUUAUGGGUAAAAUGACGGGGUUCCUGUUUUAAUGUUACAUGUAGGAACGUUAAAUGUGUACCAGACACGGUGAACUUGACGGUCACGAUCGAGUAAGAAGUGCAGUGAAUAGCUAGCAACGUUUGUGUGCCACUGCCAUUGUUCUGUUAUGAUAGGUAGCAUUAACGUUUAAAACUUGAACCGGUGAACUAGGCAUCAGCUAUUAACAAUCCGUCCACGGACAGGUGGUUGCUAAAAUUUAGUUCUAUGUCUCAAAUCUGAAUCGUCGUGGGACACGAUAGCGUGACUCCAAGUCAGCCUCAGUCUCUGAUGUCUGUCUGCAGACCAUUGUCUUCUUGCAUAUACAAACACACCAGCUUGUAAAAUAAAAAUGAUCAUAAAUCCUCUCACAAUGUUAAAGACUUUUAGUCUCUCACGUGCACAUGAUCAAACCGAAGCAAAACAAUUGCCAUGCAACAUUAAAUUAACAAAUCCGGGAAGGAUAUCAUUUUAUCAACAUGGCGCACACACCGCAACACAGCAAAGGAAAGAAAGCUGCAGGGUGAAAAGGUAAAAUAAGAAAGAAGUACUAGUCGGCACGUUGUAUGUGCCAAUUAUUUCAAGUCGCGUAAUACUUAUAACGCCAUCGUUAGUGUGUCACACCAAGGCCUAAAUUGGAAACCUUUUAACAUCACCAUAACAAUGAAACAUGAGAAGCCUUGGCGCAAAACCGAAGAGUGAGAUUGCAUUUUUCUAUGACAUGUGGAGAGACAAAUAGUUCGGUGGUGAGAUAGUGCUUAAAAUCAGUGAAAAUUCAUACAUCUUUUUCCUGCCAUCUCACCAUAUUAGAUCAACCGAGAGGCAGAUGGGUCUCUUCCCCUCAUCUAUCACAAAAUCUAUUUAGUUUGUGCAAGGAAAUUUUUAACCUCCUUGGUUUGUGGCGUUUUAUGUGGGCGCGUCACUGCGUAGUGAUACCACGAUGGAUUUUCCUAGUGAGCCGGCUACGACAACCGAAACCAUGCAUAACAAAGCAGGCAAAAAACAUUCAGCGGGGCAUUCUUACCGUGUCUCUCACAGAAGAAAGAACGGAAACCGGACGCAGCAGAAGUCAUGGCGAUGCAAGAGGAGGUGAAAUUCGACCCCAUCGUCCUGCCGGACCACCCUCCCCAGUACUCGCCACCCCCUCCACAACAGGCACCUAUCACCAUGCAGCCAGGGCACCUCCCCAUGCAACAGCCCGCGGCUUCUACAAAUGUGGUGAUUGUCCAGCAGCCCAUGGUGACUGUAGUCAGCCCUCGACAGUGGUCCUCUGGGCUCUGCGCUUGUUGUGAUGACAUGGGAAGCUGCCUGGCAGGUACCUUUUGCUUCAGUUGUUUCCUGUGCCACUUGGCGGACAAGAUGGGCGAGUCGUGCUGCCUGCCCGUCUGCUACGCUCACACCGCCAUGGUGGCCAUGAGGACCAAGAUCAGGAUCCAGAACAACAUCACUGGUGACAUUAAUAAUGACAUCUGGACCACCUGUUGCUGCCCGAUGUGUGCGGCUUGUCAGAUGUCGCGGGAAGUCGACUUUGUCAACUCCAUCAACGUCCACCGCGCUGCCAUGAACGCUCCCAUGUGAACAACCGAACCCUGACGCUGGCAUGUACUUUAGAAUAAUGCUGCAUGCAAAACAUAUAAAAGUUUACACAAGAGGUAAUUGCUUCAAAAGAGAUGAUAAAGAAGAUUAUAUCUGUUGAAAGUCUUAAAACGAUUGUUAAAAGAAAGUGUAAUCGCUGACCAAUAAGGUGACUGUGAAGUUAGAUUGUAGGCUUGCCGAGUAGGAGGCAGACAUUUUUUU